AUGGAACCCGAUGGAAAGCUUCAGGUUUUGGCCUAUAAAAAUAUCUCCAAAAUAUCCCUGCAGCACUCUACCGCUUACGUGGAGCUUUAUCUCAAACAUGAGAGGACAGGCAGCACAGAUUUCUCUAGCGAUGAAGAGGAGGGUCAUCUCACUGGCAGCGCCGAGAAGGAAGAGGCAGCAGAAAUGGUAGACCCGGGCUUACUGAAUGAUGAUCAGCUAAAAGCCAAACUGCUCCAGUAUGGAGUCAAAGCUGGACCCAUUGUAGCUUCCACUAGAGCUUUAUAUGAAAAGAAGCUGAAAAGACUGCUGGAUUCUUCAGCACAGGCAUCACAGCACAGGGUCAAUGGCAUAAGGGAUGAAGGCCUCUACUCGGACAAUGAGGAAGAGGAGGACAAGGACUCCGAGUCAGAGCAGCUUCGGUCUGAAAUGAUGGCCCGGACAGAGACCAGCAAAACAGCAAGCAGAACAGGGACGUUCAGUCAGAGCAGAGAUUUUUACCCACGCUGCUUUGUGCCCUCAGCUGGAUUCAUAAAUGGAAAGAUUCAGCACAAGUCUUCAAACGCCACCCAGAAUGGGUCUUUGAGUCAAAGCGGGUCCCCGUACAGAUCCUUCAGCAUCACUCAGAUGGUGGAAGAGAUUGAGACCAGAUUCAGUCCUCAGUCAAAACAAACAGAGAUUGAGAGGCGAUCUGGUCAGAGAAGCGAGCAGACGGUGGACAGCAGGGCCCUGCGGGACUUCAUGAGACUGGAUAAAGACACCAUGACUGGCAGAUCUCUUUGUUUAACGUCUCCAUCAUUCCAUCAGAAACGAACUGUCACAGUAACUGCGUUUUCCCCUCUCAGCCUUCCUCUUCUCUCCUCAGGGUCUGCCUCUUCGUUUGUCCUCACUCUUUCGGUGGAUGUUUAAUUCAGAAGACAUGCU